UAUAGUUAACAUGUUUAACUGUUUCAUAAACAGUUACUUUAACACGUGUAAAAAGCAAAGAAGACUUCCGAAGUCCUUUAAUGGAUUCACACAUAUGUUACCUGUUUGUGGUCAUAAUGAGUGGAUUUGCAACAAUUUAUGGAACAAAUGUACUAACAACAAUGAAAGUAUCAAAUGAUACAACAAUAAAGACAACCAUGAAAACAUCUACUUUUGGACAAAACUUAAACACUUCUAUUGACACAACGGAGCCAAUUACCACUGAUAAGAACAAAUCUGAAGCUGUUGAUAAUGAAGUGCAUGCGUGUAAUGACACCGAUGAAACAGCUUCACGUCUGAGUUCAGCCUUCCCUAUGACACAAAAUACUAGCCAAACAAGCUUCUCUGUACGAAUGGAGGACGCAACUGCUUCGGGUUUAGGAAUGCUAUUUUCUCGAGGUCAAACUAGGACAACUAUAAAGGUUACGUCCAUACGAUCUUCUUCAAAAAUAACAAAUGAUAAAUCAACCGCGUCCGUAAACCAAUCGUCUCAAAUUGAGACGCAAACGAAUACAUCCGCAAUUUCAGGUGAGAUAUUUUAUGUGUUUUUUGUUUUGCUCUAAAUAUCUUAAUAGAUAAAAAUAUUUCUUUAUAUUGAAUAUGUUGUUCGUAUAACGCUUUAUGUCAGUCUAUGUUAGUUUCUUAAUAUUGCUAGCGAUGUUCUUUUUAUG